AGCUGGUGUCUGAAGAUGGUCUGCAACCCGUGGUUUGAGCGAGCCUCCAUGCUGGUGAUCCUGUUGAACUGCGUCACUCUGGGGAUGUUCCAACCCUGUGAGGACCACGACUGCGAGUCGGAACGAUGCAAGAUCCUGGAGGACUUUGAUGACUUUAUCUUUGCGUUCUUUGCGGUGGAGAUGGUCAUCAAGAUGGUGGCGCUGGGCAUCUUCGGCAAGAAGUGUUAUCUAGGAGACACCUGGAACAGGCUCGACUUCUUUAUCGUACUGGCCGGAAUGCUGGAGUACUCUCUGAACCUGCAAAACGUGAGUUUCUCAGCGGUGAGAACGGUUCGAGUUCUGAGACCCCUCCGAGCCAUCAACAGAGUACCUAGCAUGCGUAUCCUGGUGACUCUGCUCCUAGACACUCUCCCCAUGCUGGGUAACGUCCUGGCACUCUGUUUCUUCGUCUUCUUCAUCUUCGGCAUCGUCGGCGUGCAGCUGUGGGCGGGGCUACUGAGAAACAGGUGCUUCCUGCCUGAGAACUUCUCACUUCCUCAGUCCGUCGAGCUAGGCAACUAUUACCACACAGAGAACGAUGACGAGAACCCCUUCAUCUGCUCCAUGCCCAGGGAGAAUGGCAUGCGUCUGUGUUCCUCUGUGCCCAUCCUGUAUGAGGAGGGAGGUCUCCAGUGUCAGAUGGACAUGAACUCCUACAACAGCACAGACAACACCACCUGCAUCAACUGGAACCAGUACUACAGUAACUGCUCGGCGGGAAAUGUCAACCCCUUCAAAGGGGCCAUCAACUUUGAUAACAUCUGCUACGCCUGGAUCGCCAUCUUUCAGGUGAUCACGCUGGAGGGCUGGGUGGACAUCAUGUACUUUGUGAUGGACUCUCACUCCUUCUACAACUUCAUCUACUUCAUCCUCCUCAUCAUCAUUGGCUCUUUCUUCAUGAUCAACCUGUGUCUGGUCGUCAUCGCCACCCAGUUCAGUGAGACCAAGCAGAGGGAGAGCCAGCUGAUGAAGGAACAGCGCAUCCGUUUCCUGUCCAACGCUAGUACCCUGGCCUCCUUCUCCGAGCCGGGCUCCUGCUACGACGAGCUGCUCAAACUCCUGGUCCAUGUCAUCCGCAAGGGGUGCAGGCAGGUGGCCCAUGUCUGUCGGGCCUUGAUGCGCCGUGCUGGGAUGAACAUCGCAGCCUCUCCCCCUGCCCUGGAGCGAGAGAGGGGGAGCCAGAGAAGGAGGAGGAAGGCUUCCAGACAGGGUUCUGUGGUCUCCAGAAAAGGGUCUAUGUCCGUUCAUCACUUGGUUCACCAACAUCACCAUCAUCAUCAUCACUAUCACCUAGUGAAUGGGAGUGUGAGGGUGGGACUAGGGGGCAGGGGGGUGGAGGGGGUCGGGGGAGGAGGGGCGGACGUGGAGACGGGUUCACAUAGCAACAACGGUGGCGCUGGACGGCUCAUGUUGGGUCCUCCUCCAUCGACCUCUGACCUGAACUUGGCGACCCCGGCGUCACCAGCCAAUCCCGCGCUGGGCAUCAUGUGCCACACAGACUGCCACCUGGAGCCCACCACCCCCACUACCCUCACCCCUACCCCUAGCCCCUUCUCCCUGGCACCCAUCCCCAUGUCCAGGGCUAUGAAGAGGAACUCAGUGCCCUUUGCUGCCCCCGGACCUAAGAACUACCCCACCCUACAGCCAAGGGCACUAAUGGAGUCUAGAAGUGGCAGUGUUACAGCUAGUACCAUCAGUAAUAUAAACCUCAACCUCAAUAUACCACCACUAACCUUGGAGAGGGGACCACAGAGUCUGGUGGACACACACACACCCACGCCAGCCCAGCUAUCCAGCCGUGACCUGAGUGUCGUCGGAACCCUGGAACCCUCGUUCCCCUUUGACCCUGAGUCAUGCCCAUACUGUGCCAAGGCCCUAGCAGGGGAGUCAGAGGGCACGGACGGAAACGACAACCCCGGGGACUCAGACAGCGAGGGCAUCUACGAGUUCACCCAGGACCUCCACCACAGGGACCGCAGGGACCGUCAGCCCAGGAAGGGGCAGCGAAAGCUGGGUACCACUGCAGGGCGAGUGGUCCGGGCCUGGAGGCUGGUGUGUGACACCUUUAGGAAGAUAGUCGACAGCAAGUACUUUGGAAGAGGGAUCAUGAUCGCCAUUCUGAUUAAUACACUGAGUAUGGGGAUCGAAUACCACGAACAGCCUGAUGAGCUGACCAAUGCGUUGGAGAUCAGUAACAUAGUGUUCACCAGUCUGUUUGCCUUGGAGAUGUUACUCAAGGUGUUGGUCUAUGGGCCAUUCGGAUACAUCAAAAACCCCUACAACAUUUUUGACGGAAUCAUAGUGGUCAUCAGUGUAUGGGAGAUCGUGGGUCAGCAGGGCGGUGGUCUGUCUGUGUUGCGUACCUUCAGGCUGAUGCGGGUGUUGAAGCUCGUGCGCUUCAUGCCCGCUCUGCAGAGACAGCUGGUGGUGCUGAUGAAGACCAUGGACAACGUGGCCACCUUCUGCAUGCUACUCAUGCUCUUCAUUUUCAUCUUCAGUAUCCUGGGCAUGCAUCUGUUUGGCUGUAAGUUUGGAUCAGAGAGAGAUGGAGACACUCUACCAGACAGGAAGAACUUUGACUCUCUGCUCUGGGCCAUCGUCACUGUGUUUCAGAUCCUAACUCAAGAGGACUGGAACAAGGUGCUGUAUAAUGGUAUGGCUUCCACCACUCCUGUGGCUGCUCUCUACUUCAUCGCCCUCAUGACCUUUGGGAACUACGUCCUCUUCAACCUGCUGGUGGCCAUCUUGGUCGAAGGCUUUCAGACUGAGGGCGAAGAAUCCAAAUCAGUGUCGGAGGCAGAUUUAUCCUCGAGGAGUAUGGAGGACGUGAACGGCAGUAGAAAGGAUGUGUCUGGCUCCCCGGUCCCAAUAAACGGUCAUGUUGACCUGAAGAACUGUCUGACCCCUCCUCUGAUUACCCAUACUGCUGCCACCCCCAUGCCCGUUCCCAAGCUGCCCGCCGUGGGUGACCCUGCCCUGGGUUACGAAUCCCGACGCGGCAGCAAUGUCUCCAUGGACCUAGCCUCCUACGACAAGUCUCCGACCAGUGCCCGUAGCACCUCACCUUACGCCCCGUGGUGCUCUGCCAGUGGCUGGACCAGCCGUCGAUCGAGCUGGAACAGCGUAGGCCGUGCCCCCUCGCUCAAACGGACAAAGCUUCAGUCUGGCGAACGACGGUCGCUCCUCUCCGGCGAGGGAGGGUCCAGUUCGGAGGAUGAGGAGGGGGGAGGAGGGGGGACAUCGGAGGGGGACGAUGCAUCCCUGUGUCGUACUAACUCCAUGUCCCAGUCCCAGCCCAGACACAGGAGGAUGGAGUCGGUGGAGACCAGGGGGUCCAUAGACCUGGCCCCCGACACACUGCUACAGGUGCCCUACCUGUAUCGCUCAGCCAGUAUGCACAGCUCCAGACCCCCCUCGCUAGGAGGCCUGAGAGCCCCAGAACACAGUGACUGUAAUGGGAAGGGUACUUCGGCCCCUGGCGGGGCCCUGGCCCCUACACAGCUCUCCCUGGAGGACAACACGGAGGGCGACGCAGCAGAGGAGGAGGUGGUCGUGGGUCAUUUUGCCAGGCUGUUAUGCUGGCUGGACAGGAAACAGCCAGAGUGGUGUCGACAGAGAGAUACCUGGUCCCUGUACAUAUUACCCCCAGACUCCAGGUUUCGGAUGGCGUGCAAUAAGAUAAUAACCCACAAGAUGUUUGACCACAUUGUUCUGGUCAUCAUCUUCCUCAACUGCAUCACCAUCGCCAUGGAGAGGCCGAGGAUAGACCCAUACAGCGUGGAGCGUAUCUUCCUCACAUUAUCCAACUACAUCUUCACAGCGAUCUUCGUGGCUGAGAUGACAGUCAAGGUGGCUGCACUGGGCUGGUUACUUGGUGAUAAGACCUACCUGAGGAGCAGCUGGAACAUUCUAGAUGGGAUUUUAGUGAUGAUCUCAGCCAUAGAUAUCCUGGUCUCGUUGGUAUCGAACAGCAGCCCCAAGAUACUGGGCAUGCUCAGAGUGCUGCGCUUGCUACGGACGCUCAGGCCACUACGUGUGAUCAGCAGGGCGCCAGGUCUGAAGCUGGUAGUGGAGACUCUGAUGUCGUCUCUGAAGCCUAUAGGGAACAUCGUGGUCAUCUGCUGCGCUUUCUUCAUCAUCUUUGGUAUCCUGGGAGUACAGCUCUUCAAGGGGAAGUUCUUUGCAUGUCAGGGAGAUGACGUGAGAAACAUCACCAACAAGUCAGACUGUAUAAUUGCCAACUACAAAUGGGUUAGACAGCAGUACAACUUUGAUAACCUGGCACAGGCUCUGAUGUCUCUCUUCGUGCUGGCUUCUAAAGAUGGUUGGGUGGAUAUCAUGUAUGAUGGAUUAGAUGCAGUGGGAGUCAACCAACAGCCACAGCUGAACUACAACCCAUGGAUGCUCCUCUACUUCAUCUCCUUCCUGCUCAUCGUCAGCUUCUUUGUGCUCAACAUGUUCGUGGGCGUGGUGGUGGAGAACUUCCACAAGUGUCGGCGCAGCCAGGAGGCUGAGGAGGCUAAGCGCAGGGAGGAGAAGAGACUGAAACGGAUGGAGAAAAAGAGACGGAGUAAGGAGAAGGAGCUGGCUGAAGCUCAGAGUAAGCCUUACUACUCGGAUUACUCCCCCACUCGUCUCCUCAUCCACAAGAUGUGCACCUCCCAGUAUCUGGACCUCUUCAUUACCAUUGUCAUCGCACUCAAUGUCAUCACCAUGGCGAUGGAACACUACCAGCAGCCAAAGGAGUUGGACGAGGCGCUGAAGAUCUGUAACUACAUCUUCACCGUCGUCUUCGUCCUGGAGUCUGUCUUCAAGCUGGUGGCCUUUGGCUUCCGACGUUUCUUCAAGGACAGGUGGAACCAGCUGGACCUGGCCAUAGUGUUGUUGUCCAUCAUGGGCAUCACUCUGGAGGAGAUUGAGGUCAACGCAUCCCUGCCCAUCAACCCUACUAUCAUCAGAAUCAUGAGAGUGCUAAGGAUAGCACGAGUGCUGAAGCUACUGAAGAUGGCAGUGGGGAUGAGAGCGUUGCUGGACACUGUCAUGCAGGCUCUGCCUCAGGUGGGGAAUCUGGGUCUUCUCUUCAUGCUGCUCUUCUUUAUCUUCGCAGCACUGGGAGUGGAACUGUUUGGUGAUCUCAUUUGUGAUGAGCUGCACCCGUGUGAGGGCUUGGGACGCUACGCUACGUUUAAGAACUUUGGCAUGGCCUUCCUGCUGCUGUUCAGAGUUUCCACAGGAGACAACUGGAAUGGCAUUAUGAAGGACACCCUGCGAGACUGUCAACAGGAGAAUGCAGGCACCUGUUACAACACGGUGGUCUCUCCUAUCUACUUUGUCUCCUUUGUGCUGACUGCCCAGUUUGUCCUGGUCAACGUGGUCAUAGCCGUCCUCAUGAAGCACCUGGAGGAGAGCAACAAAGAGGCCAAGGAGGAGGCAGAGCUGGAGGCUGAACUAGAGCUGGAGCUCCAGCAUGGAGGAAGGGGAGGGGGAGGCAGUGGGAGAUCACCCCAGCUAAGCCCUCUGGCCCUGGGCAUGGAGGAGGGAUCUGGGGGCUCCCCCUGGAGGUCUCCAGAGAGGGAGAUCCAGAAGAGGGGCAAUGUGAUGGAUUCUCCCCCAGCAGAUAUCACUAGAAGAGACUCCAUACACAUCAGCACUGAUCCUCCGCUAGGCCAGGAGCCACCACUAGAGGUGGAGUUACUUGAUCCUGUGGAGCCGUUGGAGGACAACCUGUUGAGUGUACGGAAGUCAGCGGUGGGCCGCACCCACUCCCUACCAAAUGACAGCUACAUGUUCCUGCCUCUGGAGCCCUUCGGACCCCCAGGAGCCAGCCUGGCUCCUGGCUUAGCUCCAGUACUGACACAGGCUAUAGGGCCACAGCACAUAGAGGCACUUAACAGGGCUCUGUCAGGCUCCAGGACCUCGGUGCGGUCCCAACCAGAGGAGAGCUCCCAGCAGUUGGCUGUUCCUACAGACUUCUUCAGACCCAUCAGUCCUCACAGCCUCUCAGACUCAGAGAAUAUACCCCGACUACCCCCGCCACGGCACACACACACACUCAGCCGCACGCUCCGCAGACAGGUGGCAGUAUCUAAUGAUUCCCAGGAGGCUCUGUGGUCUGACGGAGGGGAGGGUGAGGAGGGGGUCCUAAAUGGCAGUUACCAAGGUUAUGAGGUUGGUCGUGGUGAGGGGAGCCGGCCGUGCCUGAGGCAGCUGAAGAGGUUCCACAGCGCUGACGCCCAGGGGCGGAGCAUUCUAGCGUCCCGGCCACGCCCCCUGUCCUGGUUGGACGAUCCUCGGCGCCACUCAGUGGAGGUGUGUUCGUCUGUAGAGUCCAGCCCCCAGCGCAGCACUACGUCCACGUCCUCGGGGUUCGUCUCCCGAGCAGACAGCCUCCAGAUCCAUUCCCAGACCACAACAAAGACCCUGCCCUCUCCCCGACGCAAGAAGAAAAUGAGCCCCCCGUGUAUCUCCGUAGACCCCCCUGAUGGACUGGAGUCCCAAUCCGGCCUCCACCCUACCCUGGGAGGUCUGGGGGCCCUAGGGAUAUCCCCUCCCUUACCCAGCCGGGAUACCUCCUGUCUGAGGAGACGGGCUCCCUCCAGUGACUCCAAGGACUCCUUUGACCUCGGGGCAGGGGAGGGGCUGGGCCAGGAGGGAGGGGGGCCCAACCCCAAGCUGUUGACUCUGCCCAGCUUCUCCUUCGAGAAGACAAGCUCUGAGCACUGA